CAUUUCAUAAACCCUAAUAAAUUUCCAGUCUAGAUUUUCUCUCAAUUUAAGGAUUUUAAAUUCUUUCUCCAUUUUUUUUUUCCUUCACAAGGAGUCCAAUCCAAAGAAAGAGUUCAAGUAGAAAACAAAAAAAAAGAUGGUGGCAACGAUUUCAGAAUCACCGGUUCUAACUCAAGACGAGUUAAAGAAAAUAGCAGCAUACAAAGCUGUUGAAUACGUUGAAUCGGGAAUGGUAUUAGGAUUAGGAACCGGUUCAACAGCUUACUACGCCGUGAAUCGAAUCGGAGAGUUACUGAAACAAGGCAAACUCAACAACAUAAUCGGAAUCCCAACUUCCAAAAAAACUGAAGAACAAGCGAUUUCGUUAGGUAUACCGUUAUCUGAUUUAGAUACUCAUCCAGUUCUUGAUCUUGCUAUCGACGGUGCAGACGAAGUCGAUUCUUAUCUCAAUCUUGUCAAAGGACGUGGUGGAUCGUUACUCAGAGAGAAAAUGGUCGAAGGAGCUUGCCGGAAGUUUGUGGUAAUCGUGGAUGAGUCUAAGAUGGUGAAAACUUUAGGUGGGAGUGGAUUAGCUAUGCCGGUUGAGAUUGUUCCGUUCUGUUGGAAUUUUACGGCGACACGGCUUCAGAAUUUGUUUGCGGAGGCGGGGUGCGUUGCGAAGCUCAGGAGGGUUGCGGAGACGGGGAAGCCGUUUAUGACUGAUAACGCGAAUUAUAUUGUUGAUUUGUAUUUUGAAAGGGAGAUUGGUGAUUUGAAGGUUGCAAGUGAUGAGAUUUUGAGACUUGCUGGUGUUGUGGAGCAUGGGAUGUUUAUUGAUAUGGCUACUACGGUUAUUGUUGCUGGUGAAUGCGGAAUCACUGUCAAGAAUAAAUAAAUGCAAGGAACUACUGAUUCUCAAUGUACUUGUAUUAGAGAAAAAAAGAAAAUGGAACAAAAGAGUUAAAUCUUUAUUGCAAUUUUAUUUUUAAUUUUAUUUAAAUCAACGGAAAAUGGAAUAAAAGAGUUAAAUGAGAUUUCCAAGCCAUUCUCACG